CUGAAUGUAAGUUUUCUUUUGAAGAAAUAUUUUAUAUCAUAAGUGUUUUUACUUCCGUUGCAAUUAUUUACUAUAAAUUUUGUUUUCGAACUCUUCUAGGACUAAGAGUGCCUAGGGAGGUGUGUUAUACUCGGGGCCUUGCAAGAUAGCCAAAGCGAAUACUCGAGAUCUGGAGUACCCCCCAAUUCUCUGCCACUACAUAAUCAAAUUUGGAGAAGGGAGGAGGAUGAAGGAACAAUCGAGAAUGUGAUGUUGGUGAAUGGUGAAGGAUGGCAAUAUGAUUAAGAAGAGGUUGAGAUUAGUUUUGUAAGGGGGAAUUGAUUAUUGUAGAAGAUGAAAUCCCAAUAUGGACCUAGGCUAGCCAAACGAUGCGCCCAAGUUUGAUCGCCAUGGUUCCUAAUAAGGGGUGUAGGAGAAGGAGAAGAAUAAGAAGUGAUCUAAGUUUUGGGUCUAAUGAUGGUAAUGAUGAUGUGGGAGGGAGACAAAGGAUAAAGAAGGAGAUUAGGAAUUUAAGGAAGAAGGGCAAAAAAUGGGAGGAAAAAAAAAUAAAAAAGGAUAAAAUUGUAAAUUGAUAUUUUAAAAAGAUUUUAUGGCUCCAUGUCACACAUUUUGCCAUGUUGUAAACCCUACACAUUAAAUUUUUGUGACAUCA